AUGGAUAGGAGUUGGAUAGACGAUGCGAACCAUAUCUCCGCUCAAUAUUUGGACGGGGUCAGGGCUUUCUUAGAUUUCGCAUUUAAAGAUCGUAGCUCUGAAUCUUGCAUCUAUUGCCCCUGUACAUCUUGCGGAAAUCGCUUAACAAAAUCUCGUAGAGAUGUCUUGCUCCAUUGUAUUCGCUAUGGAUUCGACCAAACCUACAAGGAGGAGGAACUAGAACUUCUAUUGCGAGAGUGUGCAUAUACAGAGCACACCGAUCCGGGGCCCAGUGGAAAUGAACCUCAUAGGGAUGACGAAAAUGAACAUAUACAUCAUGGCAGUAAGGGGUAUAGAAAGAUGUUAGAAGAUGUAGAGAAAGAGCUCAUACCAGGGUGCAAGAAGAUGAGUAGACUCUCGUUUAUCGCACGGCUUUUGCACUUGAAGGUUUUGUGCCACUGGUCUAAUAAUUCUAUUGAUUUGCUGUUAGAGCUGUUACGGGAUGCACUUCCAGACGAUGUUGUCCUUCCGAAGAACUUCUAUGAGGCUAAUAAGCUGACCAAGGACUUGGGGUUCACAUGCAAGACUAUCCACGCGUGCAUCAACAAUUGCAUGUUGUUUACCGGGGAAGAUGUUGACCGUGAGGUUUGUGUUGUGUGUGGGGAAAAGCGAUUUACACAGGGUAAAGAUAGAUCUCCAGUGAAGAAGUUAAGGUACUUUCCAUUAAUUCCGCGAUUGCAGCGAUGGUACGUAUCUUCCAAAACUGCAUCUUCUAUGAGAUGGCAUGCCGAAGGGCGUGUAGACGAUGGCAAGAUGCGUCAUCCAGCAGAUAGUCCUGCGUGGAAGAGUUUCGAUCAUCGGUACCCGACGUUCUCUGAGGAGAUUCGCAACGUACGCCUCGGUCUGGCCACUGACGGUUUCAACCCUUUUGGGAAUAUGAGUGUGAGUUAUAGUAUUUGGCCCGUCGUACUUGUGAUAUAUAACCUACCUCCGUGGCUGUGCAUGAAGCAACCAUCGUUCAUCCUCUCUACGAUUAUAGACGGCCCGCAUGGCCCGGGGGAUCGGAUUGAUGUCUUCCUUCAACCUUUGAUCGAUGAGCUUAAGGAGCUUUGGUAUGAUGGUGUUUGGACGUACGAUGCGAGUACUAAGGAGGAUUUCCAGAUGCGAGCUGCAUUGCUGUGGACUAUUAGUGAUUUUCCCGGUUACGGUAUGUUGUCAGGGUGGCCGACUCGUGGGGCGAAUGCAUGCCCUGUUUGUGGUUUAAAAACUCAUUCCAGAUACCUGAAAAAUGGACAUAAGUAUAGCUAUUGCGGGCAUCGACGGUUCCUGCCGGCUGGGCAUAGAAUGCGCUUUGAUAAACAUGCAUUUGACGGUUCGAUGAGCUUUGACGGAAAGCCUUCUCGCUUGACCGGCGCUGAACUUCUGCAGCAGCUUCAGGAUAUGCCUACUGAGUAUCGUACGGUUGACUUGAUUGAGAAACGCAUUGCACAGGGGUCUCGCAAGCGUCGCCGGGGGGUGGACGGGCAGCAACAGGUGUGGAAAAAAAAGAGCAUAUUCUUUCAGCUCCCUUAUUGGUCUGAGAAUGAGGUACGUCACAACCUCGACUUGAUGCACAUUGAAAAGAAUGUGUGUGAGAAUGUACUGUAUACAUUGUUGGGAACUAAGGGGAAAACAAAGGACAAUCUGAACACGAGGAAAGACUUACAGUUGAUGCAAAUACGUAGUUCUUUACACCCGGUAUCGGGUCCUAGGGGCGCUAUAUAUUUGCCGGCAGCUACGUACACCAUGAGUAACCCCGAAAAACGGAUAUUCCUAUCUGUGUUGAAGGACCUCCGACCACCUCAUGGGUUCAGUUCAAACUUAUCGCGUCGUGUGAAGGUAGAACAACAACUAAUAUGGGGACUUAAAAGCCACGAUUGCCAUGUUCUUAUGCAACGAAUUCUACCUAUUGCUGCCCGACGGUGUCUUCCCAAAAAUGUUGUGCUCGUGUUGAUUGAACUUUGUAACUUCUUCAAUUCGAUGUGCUCAGCUCAUAACACAGUUCGUGAACUGGAGCGAAUCCAAGAAAGAAUUUCUUUGACGCUAUGCCAUCUUGAAAAGCUAUUCCCACCUUCAUUCUUUGAUGUAAUGGAGCAUCUGCCUAUCCAUUUGGCUGAGGAGGCUAUGGUGGCCGGUCCGGUGCAGUACCGGUGGAUGUAUCCCAUUGAGCGGUACUUGGGUACUCUGAAGAGGUACGUACGGAACAGGGCACAACCUGAGGGUUCGAUUGCACGUGGAUACCUCAUGGAAGAAUGCGUGACUUUCUGCUCAAGAUAUCUCGGAGACAUAGAGACCAAAGAGAACCGGGCUGCUCGAGGGGAGGAGGACGGGACACAACACGGGAAAGGAUUGUUUGGUUCUAGGUUCAAUCUUGAUUACAAUACGAUGCACCAAAUUCAUUGCUACAUCCUAGGAAAUAUAGAUGAAAUCAGUCCGUUGCGAAGGUUUUUUCACAUCAAUUUAACAAUACUUGUAUGCGUAUCCGACCUGUGUUGAAUAUCUUCGACUUUUAUUUUUGCACUGUAGGAUUCACCUUGAUACUAUUAGGUCAUGUCGAACU